AUGAAGGCAUAUUCUUGCAAAUCUUUUCGUUGCCUUCACGAACGUAGCAUUGCAGGCAGUAGCGCUUGCCGGAAGCCAAAAACGACAGAAACAAUUUGUGCGGGGCUCAACGCCCCUAAAGUUCUCUUCUUUAUUACACUGACGUUCGGAGAGCUUGCCAACGCCGUCAAUGGAGCCCGGAUCGUGUAUCCCAUGGUCAUCGAGGAAAGGUCGCUGGACGACAAGAAAGUAGUCCGCGUCGACGAGCAUUUAACCCUGCAUCUCUCGAAAAGUUCACUCAUUGGCGAUGAACUUUACGUGUCUUUGAAUCGAAACGGGAAAAGGAUCGAGCAAAGGCUAUCCGGGAGACGACUUUCGGAGCGGUUAUACCAUGACCGUAGGCACUUGGCCGCCAUAUCCUUGGAGAAAUCUGACGGAUUCUAUAAAAUGAGUGGACUGGUGAACGCAACGCACUCUAUCCAGCCGCUGGUUGCGAUGGCUCGGUCGCGAGGCGGCUCAAUGCCUCACGCCGUACGUGCCAUUCAAAAGCCACGCAUCGCCUCAAGGUCCAAUGGCAUCCCAAACUGUGAGAACUCCGGUGAUCCCGAAUGGUUCGAGAAACUGGAGAUGAAUAGUGAAUGGAUGUUUCAGCAUCACCACUGGCCCAAGGACACACUUUCGAAUGUGACUAUGCAGGCUAUUAUUGUGGCCGGAGCUGACCUCCUGAACACGAUAUUUGCCAGCCCAGUCAGGGAGGACCCACUGACGUACCUGAUCCUGUACGGCCAAUCUGUUGCCCUUCGACUUAAGGCACUGGAGUACCCAGGAAUUAACAUGAGGCUGACUGGCGUAUAUAGCGCACCUUAUUUUAUUGAGAACCUUAUACAGCAAGAGCAUCCACCAACGGUUCCUGUAACGAGAGCCAGCCUUCUAAUGUCGACGGGGGGUCUGUUGAAGGGUGGAACACCUCACGCCGAUGCUGACGUAGUCCUCUUUCUCACCAAGUGA